GGGCCGGGGCCGAGCGGGCCGGGCCCGGGGCCGGGGCCGGUGGCGGCGGCGGGGCCCCGCCAUGGCCCACUUCGAGACGCAGUACCAGCGGCUGGAGAGCUCCUCCACCGAGUCCCCGCCCGGCGGCGGCGACCUGCUCGUCCACGUCCCCGAGGGCGCCAAGUCUCCGUGGCAUCACAUCGAGAACCUGGACCUGUUCUUCUCUCGCGUCUAUAACCUGCAUCAGAAGAAUGGCUUCACUUGCAUGCUCAUUGGAGAGAUCUUUGAGCUCAUGCAGUUCAUCUUUGUGGUGGCGUUCACCACCUUUCUCAUCAGCUGCGUCGAUUACGACAUCCUCUUUGCCAACAAAGCCGUAAAUCACAGCCAGCAUCCCAGUGAGCCCAUUAAGGUGACUCUGCCAGAUGCCUUCCUGCCUCCAAAUGUCUGCAGUGCAAGAAUCCAGGCAAACAGCUUCCUCAUCUGCAUCCUGAUGAUAGCUGGGGUUUUCUGGAUCCACCGACUUGUCAAAUUUAUCUACAACAUUUGCUGCUACUGGGAGAUUCACUCCUUCUACAUCAAUGCCCUCAAAAUCCCUAUGUCCACCCUGCCGUACUACACCUGGCAGGAGGUGCAGGCCCGCAUUGUGCAGAUCCAGAAGGAGCACCAGAUCUGCAUCCACAAGAAGGAGCUGACAGAGCUGGACAUCUACCACCGCAUCCUCCGCUUCAAGAACUACAUGGUGGCCAUGGUGAACAAGUCGCUGCUGCCCAUCCGCUUCCGCUUGCCCCUGCUGGGAGACACCGUCUUCUACACGCGUGGGCUCAAGUACAACUUUGAGCUCAUCUUCUUCUGGGGACCCGGCUCCCUCUUCGAGAAUGAGUGGAGCCUGAAAGCUGAGUACAAGCGGGCUGGGAACCGCCUGGAGCUGGCUGAGAAGCUCAGCACUCGCAUCCUCUGGAUCGGCAUUGCUAACUUCCUCCUCUGCCCCCUCAUCCUCAUCUGGCAGAUCCUCUACGCCUUCUUCAGCUACACAGAGAUCCUGAAGCGGGAGCCGGGCAGCCUGGGUGCCCGCUGCUGGUCUCUCUAUGGCCGCUGUUACCUCCGUCACUUCAACGAGCUGGACCACGAACUGCACUCACGCCUCAGCAAGGGGUACAAGCCAGCUUCCAAAUACAUGAACUGCUUUAUCUCCCCCCUCCUCACCAUCGUGGCCAAGAAUGUGGCCUUCUUUGCUGGCUCCAUCCUGGCUGUGCUCAUCGCUCUCACCAUCUAUGAUGAGGAUGUGCUGGCGGUCGAGCAUGUCCUGACCACAGUCACCCUGCUCGGGGUGGGCAUCACGGUGUGCAGGUCUUUCAUCCCUGACCAGCACCUGGUGUUCUGCCCAGAACAGCUGCUGCGAGUCAUCCUGGCGCACAUCCACUACAUGCCUGACCACUGGCAGGGCAAUGCCCACCGCUAUGAGACCAGGGACGAGUUUGCCCAGCUCUUCCAGUACAAAGCGGUCUUCAUCCUGGAGGAGCUCUUGAGUCCCAUCAUUACCCCCCUGAUCCUCAUCGUCUGCCUGCGGCCCAAGUCCCUGGACAUCGUUGACUUCUUCCGCAACUUCACGGUGGAGGUGGUGGGUGUGGGUGACACCUGCUCCUUUGCCCAGAUGGAUGUGCGCCAGCAUGGCCACCCAGCGUGGAUGUCAGCAGGAAAGACGGAGGCCUCCAUUUACCAGCAGGCCGAGGACGGCAAGACAGAGCUGUCCCUCAUGCACUUUGCCAUCACCAACCCCAAAUGGCAGCCGCCCCGCGAGAGCACGGCCUUCAUCGGCUUCCUGAAGGAGCGGGUACACCGGGACAGCAGCGUGGCGCUGGCUCAGCAGGCUGUGCUCCCCGAAAACGCCCUCUUCAGCUCCAUCCAGUCCCUGCAGUCGGAGUCAGAGCCGCACAGCCUGAUUGCCAAUGUGAUAGCGGGCUCCUCGGCACUGGGCUUCCACAUGGGCCGGGAUGGACAGGCCUCCCGCCAUCUCUCCGAAGUGGCCUCAGCCUUGCGUUCCUUCUCCCCGCUCCAGUCUGCCCAGCAGCCUCCCAGCAGCUUUCAGAUGGCGGGAAGGGAUGGAGAGGGAGCCCAGCCUCGGGGCACCAGUGCCAUGACAGCCUCUGGUGCCGAUGCGAGGACUGUGAGCUCGGGGAGCAGCGCCUGGGAGGGUCAGCUGCAGAGCAUGAUCCUGUCGGAGUACGCCUCCACCGAGAUGAGUCUCCAUGCGCUCUACAUGCACGAGUUGCACAAGCAGCAUGCCCAGCUGGAGCCCGAGCGGCACACCUGGCACCGGCGAGAGAGUGACGAGAGCGGGGAGAGCGCCCAUGAGGAGCUGGACGCUCAGCGGGGUGGCCCCGUCCCCAUCCCUCGCUCUGCCAGCUACCCCUUCUCCUCGCCGCGGCAGCCUGCCGAGGAGACGGCCACGCUGCAGACCGGCUUCCAGCGGCGAUACGGUGGCAUCACAGACCCGGGCACAGUACACAGAGCCCCGUCCCACUUCUCCCGCCUCCCUCUGGGAGGCUGGGCUGAGGACGGGCAGUCAGCGAGACACCCAGAGCCUGUGCCGGAGGAGAGCUCAGAGGAUGAGCUCCCACCACAGAUCCACAAGGUAUAGCCCUGUAGACUGGGCAUCUUGUGGGGGUCGCAGUCUGGGAGCCGCCUGGGCAGCAGGAUGUGGCGCCAUCCUGUUUCUUCUCCCGUCCUGAGUGGACUGGAUGGCCCCGGGCUCCGUUUUGUUGCCAUCAAUUGCCGAAGAGACAAAACUGCCAGGCCAGCGGCUUUGCGGUGGCACCUUUGUGUCCAGCCAUGUGUCAAGUCAACGCCACUCUGACUCUGGUGGGGUGAAUGCGUGUGUGAGUACAUACAUGUGUCUGUGUUCACAUCUGUGUCGUCCGUGUUGGAGGAUCGCUGCAGAGCCUGUGAAAGCUGACGUGACAGGACUGGCAGCGGGCAGCCGUGGACUGGGUUGGCGGUGGCGGCAGCAGCUGCUGUUCGAAGGGAUGUGAGAUGGCACCAGCUCCAGAUGUCCGCCCGGAGCUGGGACCUGCCUCCAAACUGAAGGCAGGAGCUGUUUGGGGGGCUCUAGCUCAGCCUGUAGCACCACACCUGCCCUGCCUGCAGCCCUGAGGUGGUGCCCAGGGCCAUGCUCACCCCCUGGAGAGGACCAAUGUUGUGCCCCUCAGCCCAGAGCAGGACAACAGUGGGGCAGUUCCCCGCUCCUCUGCCCCACCACCCUGCAGCGGGAUGGGUCCUGGCUGCUGCUGGUGUUGGUAGGGGCGGGAUCUAGAGCUGGUGGGAACCGCUCUGGCCGGGAUCUGGGGAUGCUGCAGCCCUUCCUCGACUCUCACGACAGCUGACCCCGUCCCCUGCACAUGAGGAAGAGGCAGUGGGGUGAAAAUCGUGGGUCCCUGAUGUCCCUCCCAGCUGGCAGCCUCCAUGCCGUACCUCUGGGCUAGGGCAGCAGCCUCCCCGCUGCGUGGCACCCACGGGAUGGGGGCUGCUAGUGGGCCCUCCUGCAGUGCCAAAGAGACCCCAGUGUGGCCCAGCCCGGCGUCUCCCGGGGGUGCUCGCAGCCCCCCCUCAGAGCCCACCCUGAAGGUCUUGUGCUCUGUGUAUUGGUUCCCUUCCCUCGGGCAUGAUAAAGGCCUUUUCCCCGUGCCCAGGCUGUGCUGCAUCGGGUCUGUCCUCCUGAUGUGGCCGUUUCUGUGGUGUGGGGCCCUUCCUCUACCCAAGCAAAGGCGUCAGUCUGUCCCGCAUCUCACCCGGGGUCAUCCAGCUCCUUCUUCCCUCCUGAAACCAUCCUUUUGCUUGCAACGUGGCUUUGGCUGCUGUGAAGACCAUAUACCAAGCAGCUGCCUGGCGGGGGUAAGGAGGGGUGCCCCGAACCCAGACGGGAGAUGCAAACACCAGCCCAGCCCCGAUCAGAAUCCCGGCUGUGCAGCGCGGCUUCAGACAAGACCUUCCCACUGUCGUUCUGGUUUCCCUCUCUUCUCUUCCAGUGGCGGCUCGUGAGGAUCUGCAUCCCAGCUAACCCCUGCCAGGCUUUGCUUUCCCCUCCCUGCCUCCCCCCUUGCCUCUGGCCGGGGCCGCUUGCUUUUGCCGUGCCCUCCGCAAGCACCGCAGGCUCUCCGCUGCCGUCCCUGGCGUCCCGGGCCGGCUCUUCCCCUGCCAGGGUGCUCGCCCUCUGCCCUUUGAGCCUGGGCUGGGUGCGCGCUGCCGAACCACCCGCUCCCGGGGCGGGGGUGCACCCCGGAGCAGGGCCGGGGUGCUCACGCAAGGGCCAGCUCUUUCGGGGUGUUGGGUUCCCUGCUGCGAUGAGGACGGACGGACGGACCGGAGCUGCAACUGCUCGGGGGUCCGUGAGAGACCAAACGGAGCUCAGAGUGGGGGGGUCAGCGCUGAGCCAGGCGGAGGGUUUGUGGAUGUGGGUGCUGCUGGGGUCCUCCCACGGAGGAGCGGCUGCAACAACCCCACAGCAGCUCCGGCUUGAGGCUGUCAGGGCACGGUGAAGGGAAACUGAAAGCAAGUUUCCCCGGGAGCCCGAGCUUUCCUAUGGCUUCCCCUGCCAGCCCUGCACAGGGGUGAGCCUUGGCGGGACCCUGCCCCUGGGCUUCCCCGGGGUGGGUGGGGGGCUGCUGACCUCGAAGCUGGGCAGCUGAAGGCUGGCAGCGCCCUGGGGCCGGGGGGGGGGGAGGUGUGGGCCUUUCCCUGGGCUGUCAGGGGGGAGAGGCUGGGCAGAAGCAGGCCAGUGUCCUUGCUGCAUGUUGUGCUUGUGUCGUCGGUGUCCCGUGUGCAUGGCGAGCUGCUCUUUCUUCAUCUCCCUCCCGGGGUGUGCGGGCGCAGGGGGCCCUGGGGAGCGUGGUAUCGCACCCCCCCCCCCCCCCCCGCGCCCUUGCUGUACAGCUGUAUAGCCGUCUAAUAAAGAUGGGCUGUAUCACCAUC